GUCCGGCCCGUGUUCAGAUGGAUGAUUUGGAACUGUUUUACUUUGAGCAAACCGAUCCGAAAGACGCCUCCUUGGGUGUCAGGGAGAUCAACUGUGGCGGCGGCGGAGGAGAAGCAAGAGGAGGUGGUUCAGGACCAUGGACAGCGCACCGGCCCGCACGUUCAGAACCAUGGACAGCGCACCGGCCCACAGAAACAUCUUUCACCUCCAAAACCCAAGAUGAAGAUGAUGAUGUUGGACUGAUAGAGACAAGUCCACAAACCUGCAGAUUGAGUCACAGCUCCUCUAGUGAACUAUACGAGGAGGAGGAGGAGGAGGAGGAGGAGGAGGAGGGGGCGGCGGAGGUGGAGGAAGAAGAAGAAGAAGAAGAGGAGGACAUCCCGGAACUUUACUUACUGUCCGAUGAUGACCUCUCCUCCGACGGCUCCGGGAAGUCGGUGGAUUACGGCUUCAUCAUCGCCGUCACUUGUCUGGUCACGGGUAUCUCUUUAGUCGCUAUAUCCUACACGAUCCCCCGGGACGUGAGAGUGGACCCGGAUACCGUGUCGGCCCGGGAGAUGGAGAGGCUGGAGAGGGAGAAAGCCCGAGUGGGAGCCCAUCUGGACCGGUGCGUCAUAGCCGGACUGUGCCUGCUCACCCUGGGAGGCGUGCUGCUGUCCACGCUGCUCAUGAUCUCCAUGUGGAAAGGGGAGAUGAUGAGGAGGAAAGCCUUUGCCUAUUCUAAACACGCAGCCAAGUUGUACGGCUCCAUAAAUUUGAAAGCGGACUCCAGCCCCACUCGGGAAUCCCAUUUGUCAGUGGCUGAUGAGGAUUUGGAAGUGCUCAGCUGAUUUAUGGACAGGACAGGCCCCAAAGACUUGGAAAAGUGCUUACAAAAUCCUUCCAGUGCUGUCCUAUAAUCGGGGAUGUAGAGGAGGGCUUAAUGCCUGCUUUUUUUUUUUUUUUUUUUUUUUUUUUUCCUUAAAGCCGAGGCUACUUUUUUGAUUGAAAUGGACCUUUUUAAGUUCAGAGCUGGACUUUUAUGAUAAGCAUUAGAGAGUUCACACAGUUCAAUGGAUGCAGUCAGUUGUACAGCUCUGGAGGAAAGUAAGAGGACACAGGUCGUGAGUAAGAUCCUGAUAAAAUAUUGGGAUUCAGAGCAUGUGUUUGCAAAAAAAGUACCUGAAACUUAAGAGAGAGAGACAGCCCAUAAUAAUAACACCAGCCAUAAAUGUUGUGUUGUUUGUUAAAUUUGAUAAAGACACUAAAAUGAAGGUUUUAAGAACUUUAAACCGGCUGUUUCUUGGUUUCCUUGACAAACUCAGAAUGUGCCAAAUUGUUUUUCUAAUCAUCAGUGUCAGAGUGAAUCCACACUUUCAGUUAUCUUGUAUUUUAGAUACAG